CCUCCGUGGAACUACAACGAAAUCCACAUGAACCGGACCUGUGAGUUCAACCCUAGCUAAGCCAGAGCCUGAGCCUACCUCGUCCCUUCCCAAUUUUAUCUUGUUCGUCUUCAAAGAUUCAAUCCUUUCCCUUAUUGAUGCUCCCAUAGCCUUUCUCUCUCUCCAGGCCAUCAUUUCUCAGCUUCUUUCAGAAACCAUGUCUCAAAAUGGUUCCUGGGACCGAAGAAACCAACCUCGCGCUACCAGUGAUGGCAAGGGAGACAACUUUAUAAACCCUACUAGUUUUGCCUCACUAUCUGAUUCGCGUAAGCUCUGUGCGAGUCCCAAAACCGAUCACAAGCCCGAGAGUUAUGAUGACCUACAAUUGGAAUUCAGCCCUCUACUCUUCAGCUCCCUAGAGCAGUAUUUGCCUCCUCACAUGCUGAAUGCACCACGUGACGCCAAGGUCCAGUACAUGAAGAACAUCCUAUUCCGGUAUUUGCCAGAGAGUGAACGCACUCGGAUUCAAAGGCACAAGGAAUACAAGCAAAAGAUCAUAUUGAAUUAUCCACCGCUGCAUAAGGAGAUAUAUACUAUGCAUGCUGAAAACUUUUUUACACCGUCAUUCCUCAAAGCAAUUAGAGAUAAUACAGAAGAGAGUUUUAGAAGUGUAAUAGCUGAACCAUCUGCAGGAAUUUAUACAUUUGAAAUGCUUCAGCCACAAUUUUGUGAAAUGUUGGUAUCUGAGGUGGAUCAUUUUGAGAGAUGGGUCCAUGAGACCAAAUUCAGAAUCAUGCGACCUAACACAAUGAACCGAUAUGGUGCUGUGCUCGAUGAUCUUGGCAUGGAAACCAUGCUUGACAAAUUAAUGAAUGAUUACAUUAUUCCACUAGCUCGAGUUUUCUUUGCUAGAGUUGGUGGAUCUUCGCUGGACUCUCAUCAUGGUUUUGUUGUGGAAUAUGGAAUGCAUAGGGAUGUUGAGCUUGGCUUCCAUGUGGAUGAUUCAGAAGUCACUCUGAAUAUUUGCUUGGGAAAACAAUUUUCAGGUGGAGAACUGUUCUUUCGGGGUGUCCGUUGUGAUGAACAUGUGAACACAGAGACCCAACCAGAGGAAAUCUAUGAUUAUUGCCAUGUUCCUGGGCGUGCAGUAUUUCAUAAUGGUCGUCACCGGCAUGGUGCUCGAGCUACAACAUCUGGACAGCGAAUCAAUUUAAUCAUAUGGUGUAGAAGUUCGAUUUUUAGAGAGAUGAAGAAAUAUCUAAAAGAUUUUUCUAGCUGGUGUGGAGAAUGCCGGCGCAAGAAAAAAGAGAGAGAACGCCUCUCAAUUGCUGCCACCAAACAGAAACGCAGAGAAAAUGAGAAAGGAAGCAAACGCACAAACGGGAGAGAGAGAGAGAGGAAGAAGAGAAGAGAAAGGGAGGGAGUUAGGCUUGGAUCUAGGAGUCUUUGCGACCGUUGCGAGCUCGGCUACACGAUAGGAGGGGAGAAAGGUCCGUACGCUUGUAGCCGUACACCUUUCAGUUCUAAUAUGGCUCGAAGGGGAAGGGGUAGAUCGAGGAAUGAGGAACGACCACCACCUCUACCUCCUCCGCCUCCACCUCCGCCUCCACCUCCACCACCACCACAGGGGACAGAUGCAGUCAUGGCUAGGCUGCUUGAAGUUAUGGUGGAUAUACAGCAAAAUCUUAGAAGUCAUACUGUUCCAGAUCAGCAUGUUGACCUAAGUGCUGGGCAGGGAUCUUCUAGUACUAUGGGAGCUCAUGCACCAGUUGUUAAUAAUCGAGAGGAUGACAUAUCUGAACCUUGGAAGGAAUUCUCUCGCUCUAAUCCGACUACAUAUGAUGGUAGUAUGCUUGAUGGGAAAGCUGAAGAGUGGUUGGAUCGGAUGGAGCAGUUAUUUACUGUUGUGAGGUGUACAUCUGAGCAGAAGGUUAUCUUGGCUACGAUGCAGCUUGUUGGUGAAGCCAAGCAUUGGUGGGAUUCUGUUAAGCCCACAGAUGGAAGAUCUAUGUCUUGGGAUGAAUUUAAAGAAAGAUUUUAUGAUUUUCACUUUCCGCCAGCUUUCAGAGAUGAGAAAGAGGCAGAGUUUCAUGCAUUUCAGCAGGGGGACUUAGACGAGGAGACUUUUAUAAGAAAAUUCAAUCAGCUGUCUAAGUUCUCAACAUAUCUGAAGGCUUCUAAUGAUAGCAAGUGGAAAGCAAAGAGGUUAUUAGAAAAGAUGAGGCCAGAAUACCGCCAGCAGCUAUCUUUGUUGGGCGAGGCGACAUAUGAUGAGAUGUGCAAUCGUCUGAGGAUUGCCGCUCGUCGAGGCCGAGACACAGAGAGUAGCCGGAGUAGGGAUACACGAGGUCGAUUUUCUUUUGGGUUAGCUCCUACUGGUGGUGUAUCCAAGAGAAUGGGUUUUAGCUCUGGUUCUUCUUCUAGUGGCUCCUUUAGAAUCGGGUCUUCUUCUGCUUCUGGUAAUCGAAAUUUAAAUAGGGGUUCAAGAUUUCAAGGUAAUCGGGGUGGUAAUAUGAGAUCUGGGGGUUCUCGUUUCUCUGGGAAUGCUCCAGCACGUUCUUCACAGACCAGUCAAGCCCCAAUUCUAAGCACAGCGAGGUCACCUUGCAAUAGAUGUGGUAGGGUUCAUUUUGGUCGCUGCUUUGCUUGUUACAAGUGUGGAAAGUUAGGCCAUUUGAUCCGUGACUGCCCUGAUUUACAUGAGAGCUCGGACCGGAGGAACGUGAUUCCUGGUAGAGUGUAUACAGUAUCUCAGGAGGAGGCUAGGAAGUCAUCGAAUCUAAUCACUGGUCCAGGCGAAGGAUCCAGUGGUGGACGGGGAAAAGAGCAAAGCUAGGGGUUUGCUUGUGAUUUGUAAAGAACUGCAACCCCUUUCUUUUGAGCAAAUAUAUUGUAAUGUAUUUAAGAUUAGGGUGCCAGUAGGAUAU